AUGUUUCCCUUGCAGAUUGACAACUCAGGCAGUGUUCUAGAAAAGAUUGCUGGCUUGUAUGCAGAACGUCUCAUGAGUGACAUUGUACUGGUUGUGGGACCGAGGGAAUUCCCUGCCCACCGCCUCAUACUCUGUGCUUCUUCUGAUGUCUUCCAGGUAAUGCUCAUGAAUCCUCGUUGGAAUGAGAGCCGAGAACAGCGGAUACUGCUACAGGAAGCUCCAGAAUGUGUGGAAGUGUUUGAGCUUUUUCUAAGAUAUCUGUACACAGGCAGAUUGAAGAUAUCACACUCUACCGUUUUACCCAUACUUGCUCUGGCUGAUAAAUAUAAUGUUAAGGACCUAGUUGACACCUGUGGCAGAUACAUGAAGCUGCACGUGGUCUCAGCAUCUCAGCAGAAUUACCUGAUUGCGUGGCUUGAGUACACACUCACUUGUGGCCAUUCAGAAAUUGCACAGGUGUGCCUGAACCACCUCAAGUGGAAUUUUGAACAGGUGGCAGCGAGAGAAGACUUUGCAUCAUGUGACAUUGACCUCCUGACCACGGUCCUUGCACAGCAUGACCUUGUUAUUCAUGAUGAGAUGACGCUAUACAACAUCGUAGUGUCGUGGCUCCACCGGCAAGAGGAGCGACUGUCUCUGCCAACUCCAGUGGCUACCCCUGGUGAGCCACCCCCUUCCUUCGUUCCCCAGAGUAGCAGCUCAGCCCUGGAGGGUGUCUUCAUCCCUCCACCACCCAUGUCCAUCACUCCGUCGUGUGGGAAGCUCUACCUCCGGCGGGACUCCACUGCCAGUUCUUGUACUGAUCCAGUUGAUCGCAUGGAAUGGCUCACAUAUGAGGUAAUGAAAUUUGUUCGGUUUCCCAUGAUGACACCGAGACAGCUUGCAGACCUGUUACUUGUCCCACUUACUAUUAAGUACAAGGAAUUUUUCGUCACAAGAAUGGCCAUUGGGAUGUCAUUCCACUCAGGUCAAUGGGAUCGCGUGAGAGAAGUAAUGGCUGAACCGGACCCAUCCAACCGACUGCUGUUUACCCCGAUUUACACAGUGACUUAA